AUGUUCACACCGCCUGCCUCUCCUCUUCCCUCACCUCGAGCAAAGCUUGGGCAAGUCAACCCCAUGGAAGAGAUACAGCGGCAAUCGUAUGUACUGCUCACUCCUCCGUCAUCUGGCAGCACGGGUCCCCCGCGUUCAGGCUCUCCGCAACACUCCAGGAGCUCUGUAUCGUCGCCGUCCUACUUCUCUGCUGGUUCUUCGUUGGACCCUCCUCCGUCAAAAGGACUCCUGUCAAAACCUUCGAUGGCCACGAUCCCAUCAUCACCUUCUGUAUCACCAUCAUGUUCAUCAACACCAUCUGCAUCACCGCUGUCUUUACCGUCAUUGUCUGCUGUUCCAAAAACCGAAUCCAUACGCCCACAGCGACCAGAUUUUGAAUUUCAGAGUUCUUCGGAAGCGAAACGUCGUAUUGGUCGUCGCAUAAAAUGGACAGCAAUCGCUAUACCUGCUGUGUUGAUCCUAGUUACGCUUGCCAAUCACUGUUUCUCCGAGCUACUGGGGAUGGUAUGGUGGGUGAAUGAUGAGACUCUGGAGGCACAUGAUGGCCAAAACUGGCUUAUACCUGAUACUCCCAAUGUGAUUAUGGAUGUAUUACAUCCAUCACACAUCCAUCACAAUCAUGUUUUUCAGCCAUUGGAUAACCGCAGGAAGGAAGAUACGAUGAACGAAGGGAUUUUUAGACGUCAAGAAAGCACUGAUAUAAGCGUCAGUGUCGCCACAGGCACAGCGACAGCAUCUGAGCUAGUAACGCCAACGUCAACCGCCGUCUCCUCUACGUCAGGGUCUGCAACGACAACGACGUCUAUACCAGCAACAUCCCAGACCUUGCCCACCAUUCCUGAUUCUGCUCCAGUCCUCCCUACGCCUUUCCCGCAGCCUUGGGAUUCGAGCAUCACUCAGAAUUUUUCCACCCAGUCCUGCUACAACUUCUUCCUCAAUAUGACCAACUCGGACGAUUUCAGGAGCUGCCGACCGUUCGGGCUAUUGCAAAACACUAGUGAUGAUUUUGCGGACUUGCAAUCCAACUUGACCGCUCUCAAUGCCGUUGUUUGGGGAACAUGUAACCCGACUAUCGGCGUCGACCAAUGUACGACUAACAUGGCGACAUUCGCGGCUUCGCUGCAAUCAGCUUGCGCGCAAGACUUGCAAGAUAGCAAUUUGUACGCAGUUAGCACUCUCCAGGCCCUCAAUGCUUAUUCGCUCACUCAAAGCGCCGGUUGUCUUAAUGACCCCUCUACCGACUCCUACUGCUAUGUCAAAGCCGUGCAUAACACCAACCCCUCCGAUCUUUAUUUCUACUCACUCGUUUCGGGUGUCAGUAUAUCCAAUUCGACCACACUAACAUGUUCAACUUGCACCAAGUCCCUUAUGUCGCUCUAUGUCAAUGCUUUGAACGUCAAUGCGUCGCAGUUGAUGGAACUCGCGUCUGUGUACGCGAGCGCUGAGGCCUUGGCCUCAAGCUCUUGUGGAAGCUCGUAUGCUCAAGUAUCGACUAAUACACAGGCGGAUUCAUCCAAUAGUGCAAGCAAGUCGAGCUCCACGUCCUUGAACAUCUUCGGGACUUUCUUGGCCAGCCUACUGCCGGCUUUCUUGUUUUUGCCGUAA